UGGUGAGGUUGCCGGGGCAACUGUGGGCGGGGCGCAGUUGCCGGGGCGACCGUUAGGCUGCAGCGGCAGUCGCCGGGGGUUAAAAGCCACUAAAACUCAGGGGCUGGAGCAACAACCGAGGCGAUGGCGCACGAAGGCUCGAGGCAGGAGAGGCAGGCCCGAGACCGGGGGGUGACCCGAUCCAAGGCGGAAAAGGCACGGCCGCCUACGGUGCCAGUGCAGCAGGUAGACAUCGUGCCUGGGCGGCUCACCGAGGCCGAGUGGAUGGCGCUCACAGCGGUCGAGGAGGGCGAGGACGUGGUGGGAGAUAUUUUGACAGAUCUGCUGGCGCGAGUCAUGGACUCCGCCUUCAAAGUCUACCUGACCCAGCAGUGCAUUCCAUUCACUGUCAGCCAGGCCCGGGAGGCCAUGCUGCAGAUCACCGAGUGGCGCUUCCUGGCCCGGGACGAGGGAGAAUCUUCAGUGGCCGAGGACCCCACAUGGGGUGAGGACGAGGAGCCCUCGGCAUGCGCGACAGACUCCUGGGCUCAGGGAUCCGUGCCGGUGCUGCACGCACCCGCCUCUGUGGGGAUGGAGGAGACCUUACAAGGCGUAGUAAGCCCUGUCCCCAGGGCUCCUCUAAACUCCUCCACCCUUUGUUCCUCUCUCUCCUUUCGGAUGUCUCACUACCCACCUCCUGGUACAUUUCCCCAGCACCAAGGGAGCACAGACCCUUUAGGAAGAUCGUGGAUGGAUAGACGCCCUCAGGAGCAAAUGGAAUCUUGGGAGCGUUCCCCGGAGCUAAGAGUCACCCCGGGCCCCCCACCCACCCCGGAGCUGUUUCAGGAUGUAGGACCUGGGGGUCCUUUAGAGAAACUGGACCACCAGGUAAGAGGCCACCUGUCCUCGGCCGGGUCCUUCAACUCGAGCCUCCAGCCGUCGGCUGAGUUGGAGCCCAGCGGCAGUCCCCACCCUUCUCUGGAGCUGUCCCUGGUAGCCAGCCCCCAGGCCGCGGCCGAGAGGGCACAGCCCCUCAGCAACCAGUUCUUGCUGGAGGACCUCUACUAUCGCGCGCCUCAGGCGCACGCGGCUGGGAACAGAGCGGAGCUCAGAAAGAAGGUGCCCCGCAUCGCCUCGGGCGUGUGUGUGGCCGGCCGCUCGGCAGGCUGCGCUUUGGGUUCAUUCCAGCUGCCCCAGCCUCCGCGCGCUGACACGCGGCUGAGCGCGCUUCAUUACAGGGUGGGCCGCAAGGCGGCGGUGGCGCGCCUGGACUCCGCGAGGCUGCCGCGCCGCUGGGUGCGCCCCCUGGCCGAGGUUCUGGUUCCCGGCUCGGAGGUGCGUCACCUGGGAGCUUACCGCGGGCGCCAGCGAGGCGGGAAGACCGAGGCUGCUGCUGGCCCCGAAGCUCCCCGCCCCCGCGUUCACGUCUCCCCGACAGUGUUCUUCCCUCUCCCUCCUGACGUUCCGUUCCGUGCCUUGGGCCCCGGCCCUGGACUCCAAUUCCCCACUUUAAGUUUAGGCCUGCCGUCUCCAGGCUUCGGGUCAAAGCUGCAGUUUCCCAGCCCCGGGAUUCGCCUUCCCGCCACACACGCGGCACUCCCCGGAGUGGCCCGCAGCCUCAGCCCCAAACUGUGGCCGGGUGCCAAGUGGCCCAGCGGUUGGGAAGGGGAGGCUGAGCUGCGGGCCGGCCGCACCCGUGUACCUCAGCAGGGCCUGGGCUCCGGGGACAGUGAGGGCCAGGAUCCUCACAGGUGGCCUCAUCGGGCUCCUGGAGUGCUCCAGGCAACGUCCCAGGUGAUGUGGAAGCCCAUGUUGCUUGGGGAAGCAGUGAAGCUGGCUCCUGGUGUGAGCAUGUGGAACCCAACCACCCAGGUGCUGCUCAACUCUGAAGUACCCCAGCAGGAGGACAAAGAAGGUGGCACCUCUCCUUCCACUGAGCAGCACCCCAUCCAGACAUGUGCCCCAAAGCCCCAGGUGAUAGUGGCACAGCUAAUGAAGAACUCAGCCCCCAAAGUGUGGUCACUCUCCUCCAAGCACCUGCCCCAUUAUGGGCCUUGACUCUCGGCAGUGGGAAUCCUACUUUCCUUCUGUCUGUCUGCCAGAAAUAAACACCUGAGUUGCCUCAAGAA